UAAGAAUUAGAUCGUACGUAUUCAUACGAAUUAGCCACUAAAUCAAAAAGUUUUGAACUGCGAUGAGAUUGUGUUGAGACACCUCACAUGACUUGAUUUCACAAAAAGUUAUGACAACAAAUGUUGUGUUUCUUUAUCUAAUUUAUUUGAAGCUCAAUUUUUUGUUAUAUAUGGUUUUACAUAUUGUUACAUAUUCAUACAUAUUUUUAGUCAGUUUGAUUAAUGUAAGUUUAUGUUAAGUUAUGUUAAGUUGAUGUGAAGUUGUAAAAUUCAGUUUGAUUCCGCUGAGCAAUUUAAGGCAGUAAGAUGUUUUUUAAAGUGCAUACAAUUCCAGUCAACAGCCAAGAAGUUUGGUUCAGACAAAAGGUUCCCCUAAUUUUUCAUUCUGCCAAUGAUGUAAAUUCCUUCAGUCUAAAGAAUACUUUUUUAUUAUCAUUCAUUUUCCUUCAUCAGGGACUGUGCCACACACGGUCACUGACUGUGGUCUGUACAGCAGCUUUGCUAAACUGGUUGUUUUCAUUCAUUUAUAACGUCACUUAUCUGUAUGUUAAUGGAAACUUCACUGAUGUUCUGUGUUUAGGAGUGUGUAUUGCUAUUUUUGAUGGGUUUUCAUGUAUCAUUGAUCUCCUGAUUGUGUUUGUAAUGCCAUGUACGCUCAUUAUAAUAUUAUACACUCAUGUUUUUGUCAUUGCUAAGAAACAUGCGACUGCUAUAAGAGCCCUUCAGGUUCACAACAGCACAGAAUCCUCUAAGAACAAAAUCAGCGACAAAUCAGAGAGAAAAGCUGCGAUGCUGCUGGGGAUUCUGGUCUUUGUGUUUCUCCUCUGUUUGCUGCCGUAUUAUAUUACAGCUUUAGUGAUACCAUAUGGCAGUGUUAUAUAUAUGUAUGUUAUAAAUGUUUCUGUAAUAGUUUUCUUCCUGAACUCCACCAUUAAUCCCAUCAUUUACGCUUUAUUCUAUUCCUGGUUUAAGAAAAGCUUAAAAUUAAUUUUUACAUUUAAAGUUUUUCAUAAAGACUCCUCUCUGAUGAAUGUGAUGUAGGUCAUUUAAUGUGAGACAGAAUUCUUCCAACUUUUCAUUGCUGUAAGGUGAAUUUGCCUACAGGUUAUGCUUUUUCUGCAUUAUUUUAUGCUGCAGAAUAUAAGAAAAAAGGAUAUUUGCGUUUGUGUUACACUUUUUAACUCACUUAUUUUGUUUAAUAGAUAAAAUUGUUCAAUAAUAUUUUCAUUCAGAUGAUCAUAUAUUUAUCAUAUACACAUGUUAAUAGGAUAAAUGAGUCUCAUAUAAAAAGUACCAUAGGCCUUUUUUUCAUAUCAGCAUAAAAUGAAUGUGAAAAUUAAUGUUCUGUCAUUACUGGAAAUAAAAUGCAGUAUUUGUGCCAUUUUGUUUUGUAGUGAAAACUCACCGGUAAUUAGAGAUUAAUAAAGUCUAAUGCACUUUAAUGUAUAAUUACUCAAAAUGUAAUGCACAGUGCAAUGAUGUCAGCAGAGAAAUAACCAUUAUUCUGCUUUACUGAAAGCAAAGAAGGUGUCAUACUAAAAACCCUGAUUGCUGAAUAAGAACAGUAAAAAGUGACACUUCUAUGUUUCUAAACAAUUAUAUCAGUGUAAAUACUGUUUUUGCAGUCUACGAUGUUAUUAUUGACAGCAUUCAAUCCAAAUCCUAUUCAAUAAAAUAAUGUUUUUAAUAUCAUUGUGAAAUCAGAUAUAAGGGCUGAUAUUUAUUACAUUCUGUAUUAUUAUGUUAAUUCUCAUUACACAAGGCUUUGGAUUGCU